UUUAAAAACUUCUACUUGUAGGGGAAUAAUGGACCAAGCUGUGAAGAGUGAGGUCAUUCUCUCAGUUUACAUCAUUUCCUUCCUCAUAGGCCUGCCAGCCAACCUCUUGUCUCUCUACGCCUUCAGCGUUAAGAUCCACUCCAGACCGCUUCCGACAGACAUCCUGCUCCUCAACCUGACCGUCUCUGACCUGCUCUUUUUGAUCAUACUUCCUCUCAAGAUGUAUGAGGCAGCGUCAGGCAUGGAGUGGCAUUUGCCUAGCUUCCUGUGCUCCAUCACCUCUUUCACCUUCUUUUCAACAAUCUACACAAGCUCCCUGCUGCUGAUGGCAGUCAGUGUGGUUCGCUACAUCGGGGUAGCUUACCCUGUCACCUAUCAUCGGCUGCUCAAACCUGUGUACGCCAUAAUUAUCAGUGCUGCUAUUUGGCUGAUCUCAGCAGCACACUGCAGCAUUACUUUCAUCACCCAGCACCACCCAACCCUGUCCAGCAAGAACUCCAGUGUGUGCUAUGAGAACUUUACUGAGCAACAGCUGAAGAUCCUCCUCCCAUUACGUGUGGAGUUUUUCUUCGUGCUCUGCCUCAUACCUCUUCUAAUGUGUGUUUACUGCUACAUGCGCUUAAUCUUGAUCCUGUAUAGCCGCCCCAGGAUAUCCCGUAUGCAGAAGCAGAAGGCCAUUGGCAUGGCCUCGGGGACUCUUGCCGUGUUUCUUAUUUGUGUGCUGCCCUACAAUGUCUCCCAUUUGAUGGGUUACUUCAUGGGUAAAAGCCCAAAAUGGAGAUACUACACUUUACUGCUCAGCACCUUCAACACCUGUAUUGAUCCCAUCAUCUUCUACUUCUCCUCCUCCGCUUUCCACUGCACUAGUAAAAAGUCAAUUUUCAGAAAGCAGGUACUCGCUGUUGCAGGAAUACAAAUGCAGGCCACAAGCUCUAGCUAA